ACAUGAUUCAUGCUUUAAAAAAAACUUUAAAUGUCAAAAAAUUGUCUAUGUUUUGCUUUACCUUCGUGCAUGAAGACAUCAAUGAAAUGGAAAGAACGGUAAAGAAAAUUAUAAAUUAGGUGUUCUGUAUUUACGAUAUUUUAUUAGUGAAAAACUUAAUGGUGAAUCGUUUACGGUUUUGUACCUUUUGAAGCAAUUUCCCAGAAGAAAUGGCGUCAACAGGCAGUACACCUUUUCCGAAAUGGCAACUUGCAAUUCUUCUUGGCGCACCUCUUGCCAUCGGUUUAGGUUACCUUUAUCUCAGAAAGAGAUUGGAAGAUCCAGAAAAGAAAAAAGUGUCCGAAUUAAAAGCUAAAACUACCAUUUCAUUGGAUAAUGAAGAAAAUAACGCAAAAGUCUCUGAGAGCGCUAUCGACCGCGCCAUGAAACUGAAAGGUGCCGGAAACCGGGCUUUCCAUGCAGGAGAAUAUGAUAAAGCUAUAGCUUUGUACAACGAAGCCAUCGAAGCAUGCCCCCCCGACCGUCCAGUGGACCUUGCCACUUUUUAUCAAAAUCGGUCAGCAUGCUACGAAAAACGCGAAAUGUGGGAGCAAGUUAAGGAAGAUUGUACAUUUGCUCUGAAACUUAAUGAGAAGUAUGUGAAAGCUUUCUUGAGACGUUCUCGUGCUGCUGAAAAAAGUGGUGAUCUGGUCCUAGCCCUUGAAGAUGUUACUUCCGCCUGCAUCCUUGAGAGGUUCCAAGUACAAAGUUCUUUAGUUAAUGCUGACAGGAUUUUGAAAGCUCUAGGUAGACAACACGCUCGCGAAGCAUUGGCUAAACGUCGCCCAGUCAUGCCGUCUAAGCAUUUCAUUAAAACAUAUUUCUCUGCAUUCUCUGAGGAUCCAAUUACAAAAAUACAACUUGAUGAUAAAACUGUUAAGGGUUUUGCUAAAGCAAAACAAGCUCUGGAUGCUCAAGAUUAUGAUUCCAUUGUAGAUGCAUGCACUGAAGAAAUCAAAGAGGAUGGAAAAUACAAAAAUGAAGCUCUGUUGUUGCGUUCAACCUUCUAUUUACUGUUGGGAAGGCAUGAUGAUGCCCAGGCAGAUCUUGCAAAAGUAAUUGACAGUGAUGCUUCUACCAAGGUUAAGGUUAAUGCUUUGAUCAAGCGUGCUUCAUUGUUUACUCAGUUGGAGAAUACUGAGCGCUGUCUAGAGGAUUUUGCUAAGGCUGCUCAGCUGGAUCCUAACAACUCGGAUAUCUACCACCACCGUGGACAAGUGUACUUGCUUUUGGAGCGUAUGGAUGAAGCAACAGCUGAAUUUGCAAAGGCGGUCGAGUUGAACCCUGACUUUUCUAUUGCUUAUAUACAGAAGUGCUAUGCUGAUUACAGACAUGCACAAAUCAACAAGAAUAUGGGUGCUCUGGCACAAGUGCGCUCUGAUUUUGAAAGGGCCUUGGAAAAGUUCCCUCGAUGUGCUGAAGCAUACAUUCUGUAUGCUCAAGUUUUGUCAGAUCAGCAGGAAUGGGGCCGUGCUGAAGCAUUGUUUGAUGCUGCACUCUCAGUAGAUCCCAACAAUGCUACUUUGUAUGUACACAAGGGGCUGGUGCAGCUGCAGAAGAGCACAGAUUUUGAUAAGGCUGUAAAAUUGAUUAACAAAGCCAUUGAGAUGGAUGACAAAUGUGACUUCGCAUAUGAGACACUUGGUACAAUUGAAGUACAGAGAGGAAACCUGAGACGAUCCUUAGAAUCAUUUGAAAAGGCUAUAUCAUUAGCUAAAACUGAACUAGAGAUGACACAUCUGUUCUCUCUGAAAGAUGCUGCAGCUGCACAACUGAAGGUAUCUGAGCGCUGGGGAUUGGACUGGACUGUCAGCUAGACUUGUGCCACAUAGCUUGCCUCAUGCUCAACGAGAAUAAUACCUGGCCGUCCAAGAUUUGCCAGAGAGCUCAGUAUAUUGUUAAUUAAUUAUUCUCUCUGUUUGUAUCCAACUAUCUCUUUUCAUCAUUGCAAAAAAUAUGUUAUUUGUUGAAGCUUUAAGAAGAGUGCUUGAGAUACUAUUAUUUCAAUGUGUCAUAUCACUUCUUAGAUGUUAUCAAAGAAAUGUGCCAGAUGGUAUUCUCGUUGUGGGCUACUGGUACCUAGCCGCCGCGGACUCGUAUCGCAACGAUAGUUAGGUUUGGUGUUAAUAUUCUAGCAAGCUUCUUUUAACGAAGCUUUUAAUUUCCCAAACUAUUGUAUGACUUAGGUGCACCCAAUGCAUUUGUAAAAAUGACAGUUUCCACAAUGUUCUUUCUUGGAGUCAGUAGCUAAACAAAACUAUAACUAUUUUACAGUGUUUCCAUAAUAUAUCACAAAAGUUUAAAAUAGCUACAAGUAGUUGUGUUACAGUCAAAGUGGUUAAUUAGCUAUUAUACAUAAUAGCCAAUUGCUUCGGUAAUGUAGUGCAUUAAUCACUCUAUUCGGAUAUUAUUCAUAAUAGCAAGCCAAAGUUAGCUGAAGUAUUAAACAUAAUACCAUCCAAUGGACUUAUCCUCCCGCUCUUCAACACGUCACCGCGAGCCGUGGUGGUGGCUGACACAAUAGUUUUUGUUGUUAUUUUACCAGAAAUAUAGAAUUAUAAUACAGUUCAAGUCUAGUGUUAUAAUUAUAUUACCUACUAGAUUAAGUUUAGUAAGAUAAUUACAGGCGUGUAAUACGGGGCUGUGGCGGAGGCGGUAGCCUUCAAUGACUUACUUUGGGACAACAGCUAAACUACAUAGUCCCAAUGCUUCUGCUGACAGUGUCUGAAGUAACCUAACGAAUUAUAUGACAUUCCGUCAAGCCAUUUGAACCUAUUCGCCUAUAAUUUCGGGUUGCCCUUUUUUAUUAGAUUCUAUAAUAUAAUUGUUUUGUUUGAUUCUAUGGUAUUUUAUUACUAUUUAAUCUUUAUGCCUUCUUAUUUUAUUACUUUAUCUAAGUUUUCGAAGAUAUUAUAUAUGUAUAAUAGCUAUUAUACUACUACUACAAUGACAAGUUAGUCAUUGUGAUCUAUUCUGUAUUUUUUUCACUGUCUCUAAAUUCAUUACAUAUUAUUUAUAAUGGCUGGAUAGUAUAAAUAAUAUCCGGAUACUUUGGCUGUAACAGUUACACUAAAAUAUUUGUAAAUAUUUAUUAAAUUCUAUUAAAACUGCCGUGGCAAUGUAGAUGUACAUUGAUUUAUUGGCAUUUAUUCGAAAUUUUUUAUUAAAAAUGUCAAAUAAAAAUUAUGUAAGUUGUAUGCCUGCUUCAUAUUGAAGUGGUGAACUAAUCGUCUCCCAAGAAAACCUUUAGUUUAACUGAUUAUACAUUUCUGCAUUUAGUAUGAACAAAAUACGAACUAAAUUGUUAUGUAACAUAAUAUUAUGUUGGAUUUAUUAUUGAAAAAUUAAUAAAAUCCUGUCAUUUAAUUGUAAUUGUAUUGUUAGUGUAAUGCAUCUAGAAGUGAAUGAUUAUUGUUGAGACUGAGCGGGAAAGUUACGUAGGUCAUGUUCUUUUUCUUAAGUUUAUAAACUUAUCGUCUUUACAUUGUGAUAUAUUAUUGAUUUUUUAUUUGCAUUUAUAGCCACUGAUAUGGAUUGUAUAUUGAGUUUUAAAUUUAUAUAAUACCUGUAGAGUUUUUUAAAACAUGUACGAAUUGUCGCUCAGUCGCUACAUUAUAACAUGAAUAAAAUUUUAAUGUUUCAAUAUUGUCUUAGUUAACUUUACUUAUAUUUACUGAGACUCGCGUGAUUGGAGUUACUUAUUCAUAAUAGGAAUGAUGACGGGGUAUGAAAAUUAAAAAUCAAUUUAGUCCGUCAGUUAAAUAAUAAAAAAUAUUAGACACGUAUUUUUUUAUUUUGCCGUAUAAAAAACAACUUAAAACAAAUCAAAGUUUAAGAGUUAGCUAACUACGUCACUUUUGAGUUUUAUACACAAAAGUGACGUUAUGCGUUAUUUCAAAUCAAUUUAUCGUUGAAAGUAAUUGUUUCUUUAAAAAAUAAAAAAUACCUGUCUAACGUUUUAAAAUGAUUCCCAGGCGGACCUUAAAAAAAAAUUGUCAUCUACCCUAUUAAUAUGUAUGCAUACAAUACAAGAUGACGAGAAUGUUCAUUUUUUGUUGUUACAAAAAAGACAAAUUAAGGACUGUUGACUGUCUUGAGUUGCCCGACGUGGUACGUAUUUAUUUGGGUCCAAAGAAUGAUUCCGAGUCAGAAACACUAUAAAUCGUAAAUGAUAUGUACUACACUAGACGUGUGUUUUGCUUACGUAUUUGGGAAAGCGCCCUAAGUUUGCGGUGGUGAUUGCGUACUGGGUGCGUUCAAUACAUUGAUUCGUAGUGCAGCAUACGAAAAAUACUUAGGUAUCUUAGUUUACACCAGACAAGUACAUUAGAUCAUCGAAAUACAAGGUGUCAAGGUGUAGUUUGUGACCCUUUGUAAAGUAAAAUUUAAAUUAAUUAAAAAGUUUCAUGAAAUUAUUUUUAGAAACUGUAUUUUUCCUUUGACAAGGCUUUUCCAUAAUUUUGGGGUCACCACGCGUCUCGCUUUACAUAAUUAUAUGACAAGCGUGAACUCAACCGCCUAGAAAUAAAUUGUUCCCAUAGGAAAUAGAUGAUGUUUUGGAUGCACCCUUAAAUUUUCAGUUAGAAUGUGAAUUUAGAAUAGUAGCUCGCUGAGAUGGUUCUACAAGAGUUGUUACCUCACCGAUAGUGGAUAGUUAUCAAUUUAUGGAAACUACGAAAUACAUUAUUGAAAAUUAA